AUGAAUGGUGAACAUGCAUUAGAAGAUAUAACUAAAUCAAACAGCAAUUUGAAAAAUGACAGAAUCAAGCGUCAGAAGUUGGACUCCAAUGUCUAUGUUUUACCUCCUCCGCCAACAUUUCAUCCACAACUUCUGUAUCAAAAUCAACAACUAUAUCAAGGUCUAAAUCAACUACAAUACCCACAAUCUUAUCAACUCCAAUCUUAUCAACAACUAUCUUAUCAACAACCUUAUCAACAACCAAUUCAACAACAGCUAUAUCAACAAUCAAUUCAACAACAACCAGAUGAACAACUCAUUCAACAACAACCAUAUGAGCAAUUAAUUCAACAAGAACCAUAUCAACAACGACUUCAACAACAAUUAACCCAAGAACAAACAAUUCAAGAAGAACUGACUCAAAAACAACAAAUUCAACAACUAAUUGAUCAACUAACUGAUCAACAAUACCAACAACAAUUACAUUAUUUACUAAAUCAAAGACAAAAAUAA